UUACUCUCUAAAUAGCUCUUAACAAAUAAAAAAAAGUUUCGAAAAUAUUUACUAAUUCAAUUUCGUUGGCUGUUUCUUUUAUUGAUUAAUUUUUAAUACAAAUACUUGUGUUAAUUCAACAUUUUUCAUAUGAUUAACGAGGACUUUGGUUAAGCUUCACGGUUCAUUUCAUAUAAAUUACACAUUUCCAGAUUUUUUUUUUUUUAUAACCCAGGUGUCCUGCCACUCAUCGACAGGGCGAUAGCUAACAGAGCGAUAUAACCCGUACAUUGGCACCCGUACAUCGAGAGCGCAGACUAGCCGCGUGGGCGGCCAAACGGCUCUCCACGCGUUGGCUCCUGGAACGCUGCGGCCCGUAUUUGAAUACCGCAGUGGCCGGGGCUCGAACUCGAGAUGGCGGGCACCUCAGUCGAGGUUCCUAUACCACCUGAGCUAGAGGCUCCGGUUCACAUUUCCAGAUUAAUCGGAGUGAUUCACGCAAGAGUCAUUUUCCAGGAAACAUCACAUAUUUUUUUCAAUAUCCAUCUUGCACAUAGAUUAUAGUCCAAGUGAAGAACAUUACAUACUUUCGAUUUCAAUAUAAUUAUUUGAUUUAUAUAUAUAUAAACUUCGUUUUUGGGUUGUUAUUGGUUUAAGAUCGAUAGUGAAAUGCGACUUAACUUUGUCUUCUCGUUAUUAUUUAAUUAUUGAAGAUUUGGCACUUUGUUGACCUAAAAAUGUUCCGUAUCAUCAACAACCAACCAUAAAUCCGAAAUCUAUAAUCAUCUGAUCUAUAACACAGCACCCACCUUUAGAUACAUGAGCUCUUAAUAGAUACCAAACCAACCACACACACAAACAGAAACUCUCUUGUGGUACAUUUUUAGUAAACGUACAAACACAUUAUUCUGUAAUGGGUAAUAUCUUGGGACGCACGAAAACUGUGAAAAUCAUGAAGAUCAAUGGCAAGAGUUUCAAGCUGAAAACUCCGGUGAAAGCUGGUACGGUUGUUAAAGAUUUUCCAGGUCACGUUCUCUUCGAAUCUGAAUCCGUGAAGCGUUUCGGUAUCAGAGCAAAGCCUUUGGAUCCUAAACAAUACUUGCAAUCCAAAAGGAUUUAUUUCAUGGUUGAACUUCCCAGUACCGGCUCUGAUCGAAACCCACGUGGCAGAAGAUGGAAAGAGAGAACCCCGAGAAGGGUUCGGUUGGGAAUCAAGAUGGGUGCCAAGGAGAGGCUUGAGAAUCUGAAGCUUUCUCGUAGAUCAUCGUCUGAUCUCUCGGUAAUAAAGGAGGUUGCUGAAGAAGAGAAAGAAGUGGUGACUAGUGUGAAGUUGAAGUUACCAAAGUGGAAAGUGGAGAAACUAUGGAAAGAGAGUGAGAGUGUCUCUGAUUUCUACAACAAGAUCACAGCACUUUGUCUCCUCAACGUUCCAAGUGGUUUGAUUCAUCAGAGACAACAUUUGCUUCGUAAUGGAGGAAGAAGCGUUCAGAUUGGAGACAAAGAAGCUGUCAAUUAUUUUUAAGUUGUGUUGUAUUCUUGUUGAAGACCAAAAGAGAAACAAACACUGAUCCCUUUCUCAAGCCACGUUUCUUGCAUCUUUUAAUCACGAAAAUUGCAACUAGGAAACAGAUGUGCUCCAACUUGUGUAACACAACUUUUAGUAUGUUCUUAAAAUAAAAAAUUUAUCCUUUAUUAGAA